CAUCGACGAGAGCACGCACUUGUUAUAUAACUAUACCACCCCCGUCGACAUCUUCCCCAUACUCACUCAUAUAUAUCCAUCCUUCUUCACUACCGUAUAUCCAUAUCUCAAUACUCCAAUUCGUUCUGCAUUCGUCUUCUUGAUCUUGCAGAUACUCAUCUCAUCCAUCCUGUCUCAGCACCCAUACCACCCACACGUCUCCAACGCCAGCUCCAGAUUGGCCCUGUUCAGCCUUGAGCAACCACGACGUAUCAUCCGACGAUCGACAUACAGUACCUACAUCUUGGAUAUUGCGGCUGCAUUUCGAUACACAAGGAAUUGAAUAAGAUAGUCACAAGAACCUUUUUAUUCUUCUAUAAACCGGACGACCCGACUUGGAACUCUACUCUUGCCUGGCUCGCGACAGUAUUGUAAAUCGCGACUCCCAUUCUCCCUUGGAAUCUUCCCACAUACCACAGAAUCGCUUCGAUGGUCUCGUCAUUAGACGUUCGACCCCAUUUCUUCUCCGGGCACAACCGAUCAACAUCAGUAUCAUCCACGAAUAGCUCUCUAUCCACACCAGCUUCAUAUUCAUCUUUACCAUUAUCAAAGAUGGCAUCCGUCGGCGCACAAACAUAUACCAUGGCUCUCCAGAAGUACAUGCUUCUCACAGAGCAACACCAAGAUCUUUGCGAUCGCCUCGACCAGAUCCGUCCCGAGUUCCACUCAUCAAGCCGCUCCCAAUUCUCCUCACCAUCUACAUCACCAACCCGAUCCUCAUCCUCAUCUCUCUCUCUGCCGCCUUCGCCGAAGCGCCACUCCCGAAGCGGACGUCACCACUCGCGCUCCCACGCCCGUUUCAGCGGCUGGGAGAACCACAAUGAACUCACCACGAUCCCCGAUGAGGAGACAAUCUACGAAAUAUCAGCAGAAGAGCAGCGUCUCUCCGAAGUCAACGAGAGCAUCAAGCGUACCCUGACAGAGCUUCUCAACUGCAGCAGUGUGCGCGCCGACCGUGCUUUCAGAACAUGGGUACAGACAAGACUCAUGGAGACGGAAAAGGAACUUCGCAGUGGCCGAAGGCGCAGAAGCUCAGGCAACGAGUAAAAAAGUACACGCGUAUAAUAUUUGAUCUUCGCUGUCUUUGUUACUUGCCAUCCUUUCGGAUGCUACACACACAAUAUGCAAGUCGUCGUGUUGAGGAUGAUAGCGGCGGGUGGCAAAGCAUGCGCCUCCACACACAACAAAAUUUGGCAUUAAUUCUAAUUAUUCUCUUUUUGGGGGGUUUAUCUGCUUUGGCUGCAUUGGCGAAGGCGUUUCUGGCAAAGGGAAUCGAUUGAUUCGAGCGAGAAAAUAAAGCUCAGGGAGGCAAACACAUUACAUGGCUCUUUUAAGGGAACAACAGAAUUUGGGAACAUGUUGGAAAAGCGAUUUGAAUCAUUGGGGUUUUUAUUUUUAUUAUUUUUAUUUUGUCUUUUCUUUGUCUUUCUCUUCUUCCCCAUACCCACUUAUACACUUCAUUUCUUGUUUAUUGUUUUUGGUACUUCUUCCAAGGAAGAAGCCAAUAUCUUCAUAUCACGGUGUCAUUCCGUGGCUUUAUUUGUUGUCUCUCAACUUUCAUUUACAGUUCUUGAGCCACGCUGGAAUACGAGGCGAGUGAUAAACGCCACAUGUUUAUUUCUCUUAACCAUCAUGAAUGAAGAUCUCCCGAGAGGAGAUGUUAAGCGACACAGCGUCCAAUAUGAAUACUACAUACAAUACAUGUGCUUUCGCAAAC